AUGCACCAACUGCUUCAAAAGAAUGGAAACAUUGGAAACGAACAUUUGAAAAUUUCAUUGAGGAUUGUGGAGAGGAUGCUCCAGUCAAAUUUUGUUUCUUCAAAUGUUUAUGAUUACAUUGAAGAGUGUGAUUCCUAUGAAAGUGUAAUUGAAACCCUAGAAAACUUAUAUAUAAAAACCCCUAAUGAAAUUUUUGCAAGGCAUCAAUUACUUAUAAGACAUCAAACAUCGAGUGAAUCCUUAGAAGACUUUCUUCAGGAACUACGUAAACUCAGUAAAAACUGUGAUUACAAGGAUGUUUCAGCUGAACAAUAUCGAGAGGAACAAAUAAGAGAUGCUUUUAUUUCUGGAAUAAAUUCGAAUUACAUUCGUCAACGACUUCUUGAAAAUUCAACAUUGAAUUUGCAAUCAGCAUUCAACCAAGCUCGUUCUCUUGACAUUGCACAAAGAAACUCAGAUUCUUAUAUGCAGAAAACAUCCUCCUUUUCCUACAAUUUAAAUAUUGCUGCCGCUAUAAAAUUACCAGAAGAACCCUCAGCAGCACUGACUAUUGCAAUGACUAUUAAUCCUCAAACAAAAUGCAUUUAUUGUGGUAAUCAAUCUCACAACCAACGUAAUCAAACCUCUGCUAGGAAAAAUUGUCCAGCUCAAAAUCUAACCUGUUUUAAAUGUGGAAAAAAAAGUCAUUUUUCCAAAGUUUGUCUAGGCUGGCCGAUGAAUAUAACCCACAGUGUUUCAGCUGCAAUACAUAAACCAAGUUUGUGUACUGUGUCAAGUGGUUGUCCGUUGAGCCUCUCUCAUGCAGCUGUUAUUGUCAGAAUUAAUGAUGAACCGUUAACUGCACUAAUCGAUUCCUGUAGCUCAGAUAAUUUUAUAAGCAAGAAAAUUAUAGAGACUUUAAAAAUUAAAACGUUACCCAGUAAAAAGAAAAUUUUGAUGGCCCUCACAACAAUGGAGUCUGGAUUAGUGGGCUGUUGUUCGGUUAAUCUUAAAGUAAAUGGUUUAUUUUAUAAUAAUGUUCAAUUUGGUGUCUUAGAAAAUCUUUGUAGUGAUAUCAUACUUGGUUACGACUUCCAAAAACUACACAAAAAUUUAAUAUUCCCACUCGGUGAAGAAAAAGAAGACUUAAUUGUCACAAAGGAAAGUAACCUAUGUGCACUGCAAAUGGCAAAAAUAAAAAUACCAUCCUUGUUUACAAGCAUUUCAGACAAAACUCAGCCGAUAACUACAAAAUCAAGAAGAUAUAAUAAUGAUGAUCGAAACUUUAUUGAAAGUGAAAUAUUACAGUUAUUAUCGGAUGGUAUAAUUGAGCCAUGUUUAUCACCAUAG